AAUUGAUACUCAUUCUCUUCAAAGACCCAAAAGGCCAAACCUUUCUUCCAUGGAGACCCAAAAGCUUAUACCUUUAAUCCUUCUCCUUUUCAUACCCUUCUCAGUUUCCUUCACUCCCACAGAUAACUACCUUCUUAGCUGUGGAUCACACACCAAUGCUUCCCUCUUCAACCGAGUCUUCAUGGGUGAUUCCACUUUUCUCUCUUCAGAUGAGUCCAUUUCUCUCACAAAUCAAAACCCACCUCCAAAUUUGCCCACUUUGUACCACACAGCCAGAGUUUUCAACAUCCCUGCGGGAUACAGGUUCAACAUGAAUAAAAACGGUACCCACUUGGUGCGUUUUCAUUUCUCCCCCUUUAAAGCUCAAAAUUUUGAUCUGAAAUCUGCAAAAUUUAGUGUCUUGGUUAAUGGGAUUUCGGUUCUGAGCGAUUUCCAGCCACCUAAUGAUGUGCUGCUUAAAGAGUUUAUUUUGAAGAUAGAAUCAAAUUUUCUUGAAAUUUUGUUUAGACCUGUUGGUAACUCAGGUUUUGGCUUUGUCAAUGCUGUGGAAGUGUUUGAUGCUCCUGCAGAUUUUGUUACAGAUUAUGGAGUCAGGUUGGUUGGUCCUUCUGGAGUGGAGGAGUACAAAAACCUUUCAUCUCAGGUUUUAGAAACUAUUCAUAGGAUUAAUGUUGGAGGUAUGAAAAUAACUCCUUUCAAUGACACUCUUUGGAGGACUUGGAUUCCUGAUGAGGAUUAUCUGGUCUUUAAGGAUGCAGCUAAGCCUGCUGUAAGCACUCAUACACCAAAUUAUCAGACGGGAGGUGCAACUCCAGAGAUUGCGCCUGAUAAUGUUUACAUGACUGCUCAGCAGAUGAAUAGGGAAAACUCAACUUUGGCUUCAAGAUUCAACAUAACCUGGAAUUUUCCUGUGGCUCCUUCUGGUGGUGUUCCACACUUGGUUCGGUUGCAUUUCUGUGAUAUUGUUAGUCCUGCUCUGAACUUCCUAUACUUUGAUGUGUAUAUCAAUGGGUACACUGCAUAUAAGGAUCUUGAUUUGUCAACCCUUACUGUCCACACGCUUGCAUCACCAGUCUAUGUGGAUUUUGUUGCAAAUUCAGAUGGUUCAGGUGUUACUCAAUUAAGUGUUUGUCCUUCUGAUCUAAGCAGUUCUAUAAGGAUGAAUGCCAUAUUGAAUGGUGCAGAGAUAAUGAAGAUGGUCAAUGUUGUCGAUUCUAGUAUUGUGCACAAAAAGAAAAAGUUGAGGGUGUUGGUUGGUUCAAUUGUUGGAGGAAUUGUUGUCUUAUUUUUAGUUAUAUGUGCUUUUCUAAUUGCUACCAAAUGCAGGAAGAAGAAACCAAAUCAUAGGACAGUGGAAAGUGUUGGAUGGACACCUUUACGUUUGUUUGGAGGGAGUUCCCUUAGUAGAUCAUCUGAACCUGGUUCUCAUGGAUAUUUUGGCAUGAAGAUCCCUUUUGCUGAUAUACAAUCAGCAACGAACAACUUUGAUAGGAGUCUGAUUAUAGGGUCUGGUGGAUUUGGUAUGGUUUACAAGGGAGUACUCAGAGACAAUGUGAAGGUUGCAGUCAAGAGAGGCAUGCCUGGGUCCAGACAAGGCCUUCCAGAAUUCCAGAGUGAAAUAACAGUUUUAACUAAAAUUCGCCAUCGCCACCUUGUUUCACUAGUUGGUUUUUGUGAAGAAAAUUCAGAAAUGAUACUUGUCUACGAGUAUGUGGAAAAAGGUCCACUGAAAAAACAUUUAUAUGGUUCAGCAGGACUACCACCUCUCUCUUGGAAGCAGCGUCUUGAAAUAUGCAUUGGUGCGGCUAGAGGUCUCCACUAUCUUCAUACUGGUUUUGCUCAAGGAAUCAUCCACCGCGACAUUAAAUCAACCAAUAUAUUGCUUGAUGAAAACUAUGUGGCUAAGGUUGCUGAUUUUGGUCUUUCAAGAUCUGGGCCAUGUAUCAAUGAAACACAUGUGAGUACUGGUGUGAAAGGUAGUUUUGGUUAUCUUGAUCCUGAGUAUUUCCGGAGGCAGCAGCUUACAGAUAAAUCAGAUGUUUAUUCAUUUGGGGUUGUGCUUUUUGAGGUUCUUUGUGGCAGAGCUGCUGUUGAUCCACAACUGGCCAGGGAACAGGUGAAUUUAGCAGAAUGGGCACUUGAAUGGCUGCAGCAAGGCAUGCUGGAGCAUAUUGUUGACCCCCAUCUUGUUGGACAGAUCAAACAAAGCUCAUUGAAGAAAUUUGGUGAAACAGCAGAGAAAUGUUUGGCUGAAUAUGGUGUUGACAGGCCAACUAUGGGUGAUGUCUUAUGGAAUUUGGAAUAUGCACUUCAGCUCCAGGAAAGUGGACAACCAAGGGAGCCACAUGCCCAUGGCAGUGCUAGUGAAUCAGUAAAUGUGACAACUACAAUUAUUCCUGGAAAUCCUGCUACCAACAGAAGAAGAGAGAGAGAUUAUGAUAAUGCUUGUUCAGACAUAAGUACUAGCCAAGUGUUUUCCCAGCUAAUGACCAAUGAAGGCAGAUAGAGAUAAGUGCAUGCUGCAAAUAUAAGCAAUUCUUGCUGAU